CAACAAUACUCCCUUGCACUCUCACCUUCCAGCAAUUAAUUCUUCUGGUCUGCUAACGACAACAAGGCCACGAAUUCUUUUCAUGUUUCGUGGGCAUUAAGUGCUCACUAGCACCCAACCACCUUGGUUUUCUCUUCUGUCCUUCCUUUCCAACUAUUCACCCUGCCAAUACUCGACCUAGACGCGUACGGCCUCUACUUUUCAACUCUUCAGGAACCGCAGUUAACUAUCACCUGGCACCAUGAAUAUAUUCAGACUUUUAGCGGACUUCUCCCACCUGGCAUCGAUCUUCAUUCUUCUACAGAAGAUGAAGUCGUCGAGCAGCUGCUCCGGACUAUCCUUCAAAUCACAGGCGUUAUAUUUCCUAGUUUUCGUGACGCGAUAUCUGGACCUUUUUUGGACGUUCACGGACUCGGCAUAUAACACUACGUUCAAGAUCCUUUUCAUCGGAUCUUCUGCCUACAUCAUCUAUCUCAUGCUUAACGACUACAAGCCGACGAACGACCCCAAUCUCGAUACUUUCAAAGUGCAGUAUCUUCUUGGUUUCAGUGCGCUUUUGGCACUUCUCUUUCCAGCUGAAUACAGUAUUUCAGAGAUCCUGUGGACGUUUUCAAUCUGGCUGGAGUCGGUUGCAAUUUUACCCCAGCUGUUUAUGCUGCAAAGAACCGGUGAAGCAGACACCAUAACAACGCAUUACCUCUUCGCACUUGGGAUCUAUCGCGCACUUUAUAUCCCUAAUUGGAUAUACCGCUACUUCGCAGAGAACUACUUCCAUGCUAUCCCCGUUCUAGCUGGCAUCAUCCAGACGGUGUUGUACUCUGAUUUCUUUUAUAUUUACUACACAAAGGUUUUAAAGGGCAAGAAGUUUUCGCUUCCAGUUUAAGUACUGGUAUAAAAGGCUUAGGGGAAAUAUGCAAUUAUAUAAUUUGCAUAGCAUUAGCAAUAAGCUUAGAGAUAAAUUAAAUAAAUCUCUAAAAUAUUAUAUUAAGUAUAAUAGUACUAUCUGUAAAAAAGGCAGGUAAAUAGUUAAUAACUAGUAUAAGGAAU